AGCACAUAAUAAAUUAUUCACCACAAAGACAUCUGUUUAUUUUUUCUGUUAAAUUCCAGCUUGAACUCUGACAGUUUGUUGGUUGCCAAAAGUUUAACGAAGAAAUCACUUUUGAGUUUUUUUUGGAUCUUUGGAUCUCGAUGUGUUCCAUUUUUGACCUGACAAUUGACAAAAUGCUGAUUAUCCUUUCAACUCUGUUUGAUUUUGAACUGUUUUACAAUGUCUUCGCAUCACCGGCUAAAGUUCCAACAGCGAUCAGAACAAUGCCCUUUGACGACAUGAGGUCCAGAAUCAGAAUAGUGGGGCACAUUGCAGAACUCAAAUUAGCCGAUAGGAUAUCCAAAUGUUCAAUGCACUGCACUAGAGCAUCAGGGUGCAUAUCGUACAAUUUCUGCCAAGGGAGGAUCUGCGAGUUGAACUCUGUGGAUAUGCAUGGGGCGGAGGUGCAACAAGAGGGGGUUGUGGUAUUUGAUGAGAAUUGUGUCUAUGGAGGGAUGAAGAAUGGGACCAAACCGAAGUGCAAGGAGGAGGAUGCAUUCAGCGGAGUGUUCGUGGAGAAAGAUAUAACAGAUGAUUCUUCGCCUGGACUGUGUCAGAUCAACCAAAAGAGAGUAGACGGGCUCAUAGAUGGGGAAGGGGAGACAGUGCUAAUCGACAGCUCCACAGAGUACAAAUCCGAGACAUCAGGGACGUGCAUCGGACCAGCUCAUGGAGGUCAUGACUGCGUGAAUGGAAUUUCCCAUUGGUUCAGGUGGGGACGCUUCGAUUCAGGAACUUACGAAGCGAACAAAGCAACAUGCGAGUCGUUCAGCGGCCACUCCGAACUAUACUGGAACCCUCGGAACUUUCGAAAAGAGUUCGACUUGAUAGCCGAGAAGUUCAGUGAAGCCACAAGAUUUAACUUCGGACUUCACGACCAGUCCGGAACAGGAGUGUACGAGAAUCCUGAUGGUGAAGACAAAACUGACUUCCUGUGCUGGUAUGUCGGAUCAGGAGGCCCUGUAUACCCAUGUGUGGCUGCUAGUGUCGCUGAGUAUCAACGAACCAAUGGUACUUGUGUGUUCCAAACAUACGUUUGUACCGACAAUUUUUACUACAUCUGCGACAGGAGACCGAAACUAUGAGCUAAAUAUGACACGAAAUUAUUAUGUUAUCCGCAUUAUAGUUAUUUAAU